AUGGCGUCCCUUCGUGCGGUGCUCUUUGGACUUGUUCUGACGGCGACUUAUCUGCCAGGUCAGGCGUCUGCUGCCAAUCUGACAGUAUCGAAAUCCGGGGGAAACGCCUCCAGCCCCUUGCUAUAUGGGAUAAUGUUUGAGGACAUCAACAAUUCAGGCGAUGGUGGUAUCCACGGCCAAUUGCUCAAGAACAAUGGGUUCCAAGGAGACAAUCCCGGUUUGGCAGCUUACAAGGCUGUUGGGGAUACUAGUCUCUCACAGGAUACAUCGAAUCCUCUUAGCUCUGCAAUUACUUCUUCCCUGAAAGUAUCCGCACCGUCAAACGCAACUGGCUCCGUUGGCUUUGCGAAUACUGGCUAUGCUGGAGUGCCCGUGCUGGCUACCCAAUAUACCAACUCCUUCUGGAUGAAAGGGAAAUAUUCCGGCACUGUUACCCUUCGUCUGGUUGGAACAUCCAGCGGGAAUGUUUACGCCUCACAUGAUAUUACAGUGGCUAGCACGGAUUCCAAGUUCACCUACUACAAUACAUCCUUUACGUCCCAGGCCUCACCUGAUGGAAACAACGAGUGGCAGUUGCUAUUUGACGGAUCCAAGGUUGCAGGUAGCUCCUUGAAUUUCGCCCUCGUACAAUUGUUCCCACCCACAUUCCGUUCAAGACCUAAUGGUUUGAGGAAUGAUGUAGCUAGCUUUGUUGAAGCACUCAAGCCCUCGUUUCUUCGUUUUCCGGGAGGAAACAAUCUUGAGGAAGAGAGCCCAGGUGCUCGGUGGAAAUGGAACGAAACCAUAGGCCCCGUCCAGGAUCGCCCGGGCCGACAAGGAGAUUGGAGCUACCCUAACACAGAUGCACUCGGCCUGGACGAGUAUUUCUACUGGUGCGAAGAUAUGGCGAUGGAGCCUGUCCUUGCUGUAUGGGCAGGACUCUCUCUUAACGGUGGUGGUAUUGUCUCUGGAUCCGCACUCGAUCCCUACGUGGAUGAUAUCUUGAAUGAGCUUGAGUACGUGCUUGGCGAUCAGAGCACGGCUGGUGGUCGUCUUCGUGCAAACAACGGUCGUGUAGAUCCCUGGCCUGUCAAAUACGUCGAGGUGGGAAACGAGGACAACCUCUCUGGUGGAUGCAGCAGUUACGCUUUGCGUUUUACACAGAUUUAUGAUGCUAUCCAUGCUACUUACCCGGAUCUCACAAUUAUUGCGUCCACUACGGAGGCUUCUUGUCUGCCUUCCAGUUUACCCGAAGGCGUGGUAACUGACAUGCACCACUAUCUCGAGCCUGACCAGUUUGUCGCUUCCUUCAACGAGUGGGAUAACUGGCCUCGAACCCAUCCUAUACUCGUGGGCGAAUACGCGUCUACUAAUAAUAAUGAUGGUAGCCAAGUCUAUUGGUCGUAUGUUCAAGGUAGCUGCAGUGAAGCCGUUUACAUGAUCGGCAUGGAGCGCAACAGCGACAUUGUCAAGAUGGCUAGCUUUGCACCACUGAUGGAGCAUUUUGACCUUGCGGAGUGGUCGCCGGACUUGAUGGGCUUGGACUCCAGCCCGGAAUCUAUCACAGGCUCCACGUCUUACUACGUGCAGAAGAUGUUUUCGACAAACCGGGGAUCAACCAUCCUUCCCGUCGAAUCAUCAGAAGGCUUCGGGCCCCUAUACUGGGUAGCUUCUGCAAGUGACUCGGCGUAUUUUGUCAAACUGGCCAACUACGGCGAGUCAACCCAGACCGUUACGAUCAAUGUCGAUGGAACCACGUCGGGGACACUGCAAAUGCUUUCGGGUCCCGCAGAGGCAAGCAAUCGUCCGCACGCCAUGUCAGUCACCACCCAGACUACGAGUGUGUCAGGGGACGGCACUUACACCGUUACGAUGCCGGCAUGGGCUGUUGCCGUCCUGGCCGUCUCUUAGGUCCUGAUCCUGCAGGAGAUAUGGAAAACAGCAGGGAAUGGGCGCCAUCACUGCUCUAUAUUUAAUAAAUAUACAUAAGC